AUGAACCGUUUUGACUCUUGUCGAGCUUCUCGCUACUCACGUCGAGGAAGCUUGUUCCAUGGCGAUCAGUGCAUUCCCAUGGAUGAACGGGUUGUCUUGAAUGUGGGUGGGGUUCGACAUGAAACUUAUCAAGCUACUCUCAAAAAAAUUCCAGCAACGCGAUUAAGCCGGUUAACGCCUUCAUUAGCCAAUUUUGACCCAUUACUCAAUGAAUACUUCUUCGAUAGGCAUCCUGCUGUCUUUGCACAGGUUUUAAACUAUUAUCGGACUGGGAAGUUACAUUAUCCAACUGAUGUAUGUGGCCCAUUAUUCGAAGAAGAAUUACAUUAUUGGGGAUUGGACGCUUCUGACACAGAGCCGUGUUGCUGGAUGCAGCUCUUACAUGCGAAAGACACGCAGGAAACAUUAGCAGUUCUGGAUCGCAUGGACGUCGACAACCGCGAAGAAGACCCACAACUGCGAGAGCAAGAUGUUAUGAAGAAGUUUGGCUGGGAAGAAGACUACUUCCAAGGAAAACGAACUAAGUGGAUGAAUGUGAAGCCGAGGAUAUGGGCUCUAUUCGAUGAGCCGUAUUCAUCUCAAUCAGCAAAAAUAAUCGCUGGAGUUUCCGUUUUCUUUAUUUUCAUAUCUAUCCUAUCGUUUUGCCUGAAAACACAUCCUCGUUUUCGGAUUCCAAUUCUGGAAAGUGUCAAUGGUACAUACAAAGGUCAACCAUAUCAAGGAGUAUUCAGACAAACAACUGAACCACACAUAGCAUUCAGCCAGAUUGAACUCGUUUGUAAUAUUUGGUUCACAUUUGAACUCAUUGUUCGUUUCGUUUUCUGUCCUAGUCGUUGUGGUUUUCUGAAGUCUCCGUUGAACAUCAUAGAUCUGGUUGCAACGUUAUCCUUCUAUGCUGACGCUAUUUUCAUUCGUCUGUGGGCUGAUGCUCCGAAGGAUGUUAUGGAAUUUCUGUCAAUGAUUCGAAUCUUUCGUCUAUUCAAACUGACUCAACAUCAUCGUGGUCUCCAAAUUCUUAUUCAUACGUUUAGAGCAAGUGCCAAGGAGUUGAUUCUUCUGGUGUUCUUCCUGAUUCUUGGAAUCGUCAUUUUCGCUGCAUUGGUUUACUAUGCUGAAAAGCUAGAAGUCAAUCCUGAUAAUCAAUUCCAAUCUAUACCGAUCGGGUUGUGGUGGGCAAUUUGCACAAUGACGACUGUUGGAUAUGGCGAUAUGACACCACAUACUUCAUUUGGACGUUUAGUUGGUUCUCUUUGUGCUGUUAUGGGUGUCUUAACCAUUGCUUUGCCUGUGCCAGUUAUUGUUUCUAAUUUCGCCAUGUUUUACUCUCACACACAAGCCAGAGAUAAAUUGCCUAAAAAAAGAAGGCGCGUACUUGGUGUAGAUCAGAUUCGUCUACAAGCUAGAAGGCAUGCUCAAGUGAUGGAUACGAACCCAGUGGGUAUGCGGAGAAACAAUUUACCAGUGGUUAUGGAUCGUUUAAACAGCGUCGAUCUGACGGAUUCUCCUCCAAAACAAAACUCUCCACCAUGUUGUAAUGACAAGGAGAAGCUAGUUGAAACUUCCUCAACUGGCUCAGAUUCGAAUGGAGUCGAAACAAUGGUUAAAAUGGAUGGAAGAUCUUUGAAUGCGACCACUACGGUCAUUGCAUGA